AUGUGCGGACCCAGCGCGAACGACGCUCCCGCGGCCGAGCCGGUGCUGCCUGCAGCCGCAGCGCUCGACACCGCGGAAACUGUGCCAGCCGAGUCCGUGGCACCGACCGUGCCUGAAGCGGAAGUUGGGCAGGAGAGCCAGCCGCUGCAGCCUGGAGGCGGCGAGCUGGUCGCCGCAACCGACUUGGUAAAGUGCCGCCGCUGCAACGAACCCAAAACCGAAGAGUCGGUGGGUGUCUGGAAAAGCAAGAGCGCCUGGUGGUGCGGCGACUGCAACAAAGCGGCCAAGGUCGAGUUCUUCAAGCGCUGCAAAGCUGAAGGGCAGCACCUCUCCUUCGACCGAGUGCGCAGCUUGCUCGUGGACACGCUGACCAGCACCGUCAUGGACACCGAGAAGACCUCGGAGGCCGCGCCGCAGCAGGCGGUGGACACGUGCAAGACCUGGCUGGAGGCAGCCUCCCAGUGCGCGGGCGGCCGCAGCAAGGCCGCUCUGGACUUUGACGCGGCGCUCUUGAAGCUAAGGUUGAAAGCUUGGAGCGACCUUGCUACGAGACUGCGCAAGGACGCGCCAAAGAAGGCCGCGCAAAGCAGCCAAAGGCGGCGCCUGACGCCAGACGCCAUCCGUGGCAGCAACACGACUUGCGCCAAGGCACGCGGUCUUAGCCGCGGCGCCUGCUCUGCU